AUGUUCGACCCCGCCCCGCCUAACUACCAUACCGCCGUCGUCUCAAGCCGGUGGCUGCACGCAGAGAUGCGCCUGACGGUCUCGUUCCAGGAUCUGAUUCUGCACGAGAAAGUUCCUGCUCUCGACGCCAUCGCUGGCCCUGCGGCCGCUCCCGCUGAGCACACAGCACAAUCUGGGAGCUCGAAAGCACCAUGCAUAUCACUCAACGCUCAAUCCGCUCAUGGAGGCGAACUGCCCGGUUACCCUUCAUGUUCACUUAAGCUGGAGGACUUUGAAAGCGCGCUAGCGAGGAUUGCGGCGAUGAUACUUUGGGUUGCGGCACAACUGUCACAGGGCGGUUAUGAACCAGAAAUAGGAGGUGCAAACUGUUUGGCAUAUCUCGCACUCGAGUUUAUCGCACCAAUUCACCUUCUUCAUCCGCAGAUCAACUUGACUCCUAUACUCUUUGGAUUAUGUGCCUCCGUCAUCAUGCUCUUACUCGCUGUGGUUCUUGCAGGGGCUCGGCGCGACAAAGACACUUUGGUAGUCAGCAGCGUGGGCAUGCUCGAGAUGCUAUGGCUCUCCAAUCGCAAACCGGUGUUACGGUUACAACUCGACGAGGUACAAGAGCCUACCAUGGACAAUCUGAGGUCUGCCGGAAUGUUCCAAGUUUGCCUGUCAGAGGACUUUGCUGUAGAAGAGAGUGGGGAGUGAGGCAUGAAAAGUCUAGUUAGCCAUGGAGGUAUACAUGUAUCUCUAUUCUACUGUACACCCCAAGAUCCCGGGGGAAAGAAGUGAAAGUAAUUUCAUAUACAUA